AUGAGGGAGUCUGACUUGGAACGCUUUGAUUGGAAUUUGAAGUGUUAUGAAAAAAAUGAUAUUGAAGAAGAAACGGAAGGAGUCUGCUAUGAUUUCGAGGUUAAAAAGAGUCAAGAACAAGAGGACUUUGAAAUCUUGCCAGGAUUUCAGGUUCGUUUGCCACAACAAAUUAUUUCAGAUAUUCAAAAUGGAUAUCCUCUGCAACCUAUUGUGGUCGAAUCUGUAACUAGUCCAACAUUAAUUACUCAAAAUAAAAUCACUGUCGCAUCGGAAAAGAUUCAAAAUACUCUUAAUACUGAAAAAUUGAAGUUCAAAGAGGAUUUUGGUAAAAUUCUUGAUGGAUAUGCAUUACGUAUCGACAAAAAUUUGAGUAUAGAAAAUUUAGAGACACUGAUUAAAAACGGAUUGCCUGAAAUGGAAGAAGAGCUGCUUGGUCCUUACCGUAAGGCAUUAGAAUGUAAGAAGGCACAAGAUAAAUCUUAUAGGAAACAGGUUAUAGAGGAAGGAUUUAGCAGGAUUUGCAAAAGAAUAGAAAACAAGUUUAAUAACGGACCUAUUUUGAGGAUAAUAGAUUUACGCGAGGGCGAUUAUUAUUUUCUGAGUGGACGUGUAAAAUAUUCUAUCUCAUAUGAAAUCGAGAUCAUUUAUCCUGAUCAACUCAAAAUUACAAUCUAUCAAACAUCAAUUGAUGAGAUGGAUAAAUUUUUACUUCCUGAAAUAGAAUAUUAUAUACCCACACCGGAAUUCAAUCAAUAUCAACAAACAAUUGGAUAUUCUUUUCAAAUAAACUUAGAAACCCACGAAAUUAGAAAUUUUUCGCAAUUUGGAAAUAAGUUUUUUCUUGCGCUGUGGAAUAACAAGGAGAAUCGACUGGAGAUCUAUUUUGACACCGCAUCGGGAUUAUCGUUAUCUUUUCAAUGUGAUUCACCAAAAUUUUUCAGAACAUUAUAUCCAGAGAAAAACACCCUUAUUGCCGUAAAUGAGUCAAGAGGAUUAAUUGGAUUUUAUUGUAUUGAUUCUGGAUCUUUAGUUCAGUGGUAUAAUUAUAUGGUACCGGAAAUUCAACAUUUUUUCUUUAUUAAAGAUACAGAAGAUAUAUGUUUCAUUGAGAAGAAUGGUCGCUCCAGAAUUUAUAUAAUAGUAUCAAACCAAUUUCGACCCGGUUCAUUGCAAUUACCAUCAAAUUUCUUUAAAGUUCUAAGUACACCUGAUGGAGCUUGUAUCAUUGCUUUUACCAAAGAUACCGUAUAUGAACAGGACGAAGAAAGAAAUGAUCUCAAUGAUGCAGAUAGCAGCAUUGAAGAAUCAGACCUAUUCAUUGGUCCGAAUGACCAUAAUCCUGAAGAUCAGACAGAAAUGGUUCGAAUGCACGUAUUCUUUUGUGCCAAAUUUGGUAGUACAGCAAUAAUACCUAUGCCAAAAAAUAUACAAUCUUCUGAGCAUUUUCAAUUUUCCUUUAUUGAGAAACUACAAAUGCAUCUUACCUAUCUUGACUUGGAAAAUGGUCUAUUUUGUUCACAGAUUAUAACAGUCACGCCUGAAGAGACACAAUAUAGGCUCCAACAAAGGUCUUACAAAAUAUUGGCAAAAAGAAAUACUAACAGUUUUGUCAAUGUGUAUCGAUAUAUGUUUGAAAAAUAUUCAGUUGACCAUUACAUAGAACCAAAUGAAAACAGGUCCCUGAACUUAUCAAUAAUCUUAGAGAUGUCUGAUUAUAAUAUUGAAGAUUAUAAAAAAAGAUUCAAAUAUUAUAUCAAUGACAUGUUAAAAGGACUAGAAAAAUCUACGAAGAAACCUACAGGCAGCUUAAAAAAUUUUGGAAUUGGUAAUUUGUAG